CACAACCCACAAUGGUUUUUUCCUCCAUUCCAGUCUAUUUAGAUCCUCCCAACUGGCAUCACCACCAGCAGCAGCAACCCAACCAACUAGUACCACCCCAAGCAGCAGCUUCUUCUGCCUCCUAUGAAGCGAAUUCGACACAUCAGCACCACCACCACCAGCAACAGCAACAACAACAACAACAUCUGCUUCCCCCGCUUCCUCCUCCUCCACCGCAGCCAGACGGCGGUGGAGGAGGAGGAGGCGGGUUGGGGUCCAUCAGGCCCGGUUCGAUGGCGGAUAGGGCUCGGAUGGCGAAGAUACCCCAGCCCGAACCGGGCCUGAAGUGCCCCCGGUGCGAGUCCACCAACACCAAGUUCUGCUACUUCAACAACUACAGCCUCACCCAGCCCCGCCACUUCUGCAAGACCUGCCGCCGCUACUGGACCCGUGGCGGCGCCCUACGCAACGUCCCCGUCGGCGGGGGCUGCCGCCGCAACAAGAAGACCUCCUCCAAGCCCCACAGGAACUCCUCCGCAUCUUCCGCCGGAGGCGGCGGAGCGUCCACCAGCUCCGCGGGCGGGAUCAUGGGGCACUUGCCACAUCAUCACCACCAGCUUCCGCCGCCGCCGCCGCCGUUCAUGUCCUCCCACCUACACGGCCUCUCCCAGUACGCUAGCAGCAAUAAUAAUAACAGCUUAGGGCUGAACUUCGGCAGCGGCAGCGGAGAAGGAGGCGGCGGUGCAAUGGCAAUGUUUCACAUGGGAGUAAGCAGCAGCAGCAGCCAGCAGCAUGAUUCCGCCGCCAUGGUGCAGCAGUUCCCUUUCUUCGAGGCGGCGGCGGGGGGGCCACCUGGCAAUCUAUACGGGUCGUCGUUUCAGGAGGAUGACGUGGACAGUAAUAACGCUAAUGGUCAGCGGCAGCAGCUUAUUAGGGCGUUGACAGCUGGCUCGAGCUCUAGGGUUAAUCUUAAUCCAUCACAGGCACAGCAUGAUCAUGAUGAGCUGGCUCCGGUCAAACCCGAGCUCGCCAUGAGCCACGGCCUUAACCUAUCCCGUCCUCCUCCGCCGUUUGCGGAUCCCGACGGCAGCCAGUACUGGGGCGGCGGUGGCGGCGGCGGGAAUGCGGUCAGCUGGACGGAUUUGACGGGUCUCAACUCCCACAAUUAACCUGAGAUCCAGCAAUCUUCUCCUUCCCAAGAAGAAGAAAAAGAAAAGAGGAACAAAGCAGGGAAAAGCAACACCACUGCUGGUCUCACUCUCUUCUAGGGUAUAUAUAUAUCGAGCAAGUACAGGUUCUCCAUACUCGAUGCAUUUAAGGUUUGGUGUGUGUGUGUACAAUGAGGAGAAAACGCAGUAGUGGUCUGUGUGUCCAUUGGGAUUGGAGCAUAUUAAGGGGCAGGCAGGCAGGCAGCAAUAAGAAGUUAUGGUGAUGAUGGCAACAUAUAUAUAUAUGGGUAACUGUUCUCUCUUCUCUUUAUGUGAAUGAUUCUGUCAUAAUUAAAUAGGGGAGUGGAGGGGGGGAGUUUGUACUCUUUUGCUCUGGUUCCUUCCUCUCUGACUCAUGAUUUGUCGUGUCAAGCUUUUGAAUGAAUAUUGAAUCCUUUCGAUUCUUGGCUUUGG